AUGAACAUCCGCACCAUCCUCACAUCCUUGUCUCUGGAUCUGCUCGCCGCCUAUGCAGUUGAUGCUCAGGCUAUGGCAACGUCUCUAGAAAAUACACUGCAUAUAAUGAUGGAUUUAUCGUCGUUGACAAGUGGUGCUGCAAUGGAUAUAUUUCCUUCGACAGUGGAUCGCUUCUUACCUGAUGUCGUCGGUGGGUUCGAAUUGAUCACCACGGCAGCGGAGAACGAGAUUGUGGUGCUUUUGGUGUCGCAGGAAGGCACCGCGGGAGCCAGGGAUGGGAAGACGCAGAGAGAUAUUUGUGAGAACUAUAGCGGGUUCGCGGAGGUCCAUCGAGUUCUCAUGGAUAUCAUAAUCGGAAAGAACGAAACUCUCGCCCAUGGCUUAUUCGAUCCUACGACCACGGUCCGAGACGUCCUGGAUCAACUUGAUCACCGUCUGGAUUUGUGCAGCAAGGCUGUUACGUCCUUGACUCGGUCGACUCUGCCCCUCGUUCCAGUCUGCGCUGAUGGUAUUGUUCAUGAUCAAGAAAGCUAUAAUGAGACUGUGGAAGAAUUAAAGUCGGUUCUACGUGUUUUACUAAAUUAA